GCGGCUCCGUUUCCAAUGGGACCGGCGGGGCCGAGCGCCGCCGUCGCCUCAGAGCCGGCCGGCGGCGGGAUGUCGCAGGGCCCGCCGGGCGCGGGGCGCCUCAAUGACCUUCCCGACCACUCGCCGCGGGUGCGCAGCGCCGUCGCCGAGCUGCGGCGGCGGGCGGAGGCAGAGCCCGGCCAGCGCUGGACGCAGCCCCUCGCCGACUCCUUCCUGGUGAGGUUCCUGCGCGCCCGAGACUUCCACCUGGAGCUGGCCUGGAGGUUAUUGAAGAAUUACCAGAAGUGGAGAAUUGAAUGCCCAGAAAUAAGUGCAGAUUUACAACCAUCUUCUAUUCUUGGUCUUUUGCAUGCUGGCUAUCAUGGAGUCCUGAGAUCAAGGGACCCACAUGGAAGCAAAGUUCUAAUAUACAGAAUUGGACAAUGGGAUCCCAAGUUAUUUACAGCAUACGAUGUGUUUCGUGUAAGUCUCAUCACAUCUGAACUCAUUGUAAAGGAGAUUGAGACUCAGCGAAAUGGAGUCAAGGCUAUCUUUGAUCUUCAAGGGUGGCGAUUUGCUCAUGCAUUUCAAAUCAGUCCAGCAGUGGCCAAGAAAAUUGCUGGUGUUCUCACAGAUUCCUUUCCACUAAAAGUUCGAGGUAUCCACUUGAUUAAUGAGCCUUUAUUCUUCCACCCAGUCCUCGCUCUAAUUAAGCCUUUUCUCACUGAAAAAAUAAAAGAUCGGGUGUAUAUGCAUGGAAAUAACUACGUGCAGAGUCUGACUGAACAUUUCCCGAUCAGCAUUCUCCCCCAGGAAUAUGGAGGGGAGGAAGUCUCCAUGGAAGAGCUGGCCAAGGAAUGGACUGACUUUAUAAUGGCAUCUGCAGAUUAUCUUCAGAGCAUUUCUCUGGUUGCCCAGGAAUAAGCUUAUUACAGUAUUAUAUCAAUUCUUGAACACUGGAAGUGGAAAUAAGUUUAAUACAAAAUAUUUCAUGUAAACUUGAAAUUACUGUAAAUGAAACCAGUAUGUCUUUGCAGGGCACUGAGUAUCAUAUUGACUACACUUUCAUACUAACUGGAUUCUAUCAGUAUGUACAUCUGAAGAGAUUAAGGAAUUCUGCAUAUUUGCAAUACUGUUUGUAAUUGAUUAACUUGUAUGACGAAAAGCUGAAUGCUGCGUUGGGUAUCAGGGAUUGAUACUGUUCCUGUUAAGUCUUUGGAGAUGACUCAUCUGUAAUAAUGCAGUCCAGAACCUUAUGCAUAGCUCUUGUAUCUUGGCUUGUCAAAAUAAUACGAUACAAAAAAGAACAGAACAUGAAUGGGGUAGACUAGUUUAUUUUGGAAGUAUGACUACAGGGCUAAUUUACAAGGAGUAAAAAGAGGCUGCUUUUUGGAUUGAUUCUCAGGAAAAAAGACUGUUUUGUUAGUUUGUGUCAAAUUGAAAAUUAGUCAGCAAUAGUGAGACAUCUGUGUUAAUCUUUGUGCUGCUUGUGCAGCUUCCCUUUUUGUGCUAAUUAACACAGUAAUCUCCCAGAGGACAAUAGGGGAAACACCAUGUACCUAUUCUUCAAGGGACAGUAUGAAUCAGAAGGAGCAACUGUUAAGAGUGUCAAAACAACCUUGAAAAUUCUGAUUUUCUUUCUUCAAAGAGAUACUGUCCAUGGACAAGUGAUAAGCGACUGAGAUUAUGAUCAUCUUUAAUUCAAUUUCUACUGUAGAGUGCUACAGAGGUCGAGUUCUUAGCUGUUUGCAGUAUCUGUUUGUUUUGAAGGGUGAAGUAGAUUAUCCUUUGUGCAUCUGAACUUUAGAAAUACCUGUUGUAUGGUUUAAGGGUGCUUGUAGGUCACUUUGGACCUCAGCAUAGGAGAUGCUGGGAAUCUUCUUUUUAUUUUCAGAAAAGUAAUUGGCAACUUGCCAGUCUAUGUCUUCUGUUGGGCACUGGAAAGAAUGAUUUUUAAUUUCUGUUGAGCCCUCUUCUUAAUUUCUGUAGGGAUAAUGAAAAAAAUCUGUCUAUACUUAUUGAAAACAGAUUUUUUUUUUUUUUAAGGGACAUUAUUCAGAUAUGACCACUGCAUGUGUAAAAACUAUCACUCACAUUACAUAGCAGUAUCACCCUGCAAUCCCCAGUAUUUAAUAAUCUAAAACAUUAUUUUACUUUUCACUCAGCUUUUUGUUAAAAUCUGUUAGUCCACCAACUGCUAGAGUUCAUUUACCCCAUUUUUAACACUGUUUUGUAAUAAGCCAGGGGGUCUUUUCAUAAGUACUAUUUAUUUAAGCAUUCCAGGAAUCCGUAACAAACGCUUUGUUCCUCAGGUAGCUAGAAAUGCUAACUUCAGUUAUUCUGGAAUCUUUAGGACAUUGGGAUGUUAUAUUAAUAUAUGCUUAGGGCAGAGAAAUGAGACUGUCCUAUUAAAUCAGAAAUUUCUUAUUUUAGAUUAUCAUUAAUACUGUAUUAUUGCAAAAGCCAUUGGAGGCUAUUCUUUAUUAACAAGAGGAACAUCUAUGAAAGGCCCAUAGAGUACUUGUUGGUUGUAGUUUCUUCCGCUGUGGUAAGGUCAAUGCCAGAUAGAAAAUUAUUUCAAAACUGACAAGGAUUUUUUUUAUUUUUUUUUUUCUUCCAGUUCCCUCAUUUCCUCAAGUGCAUUUUUCAUUCUUCUCCUUCAGGGUAUCUUUGAUAGGGAGGGAGCCUAAAGUUAAAGAAACAUUUUCCAGAUACAUUUUCAUAUAUUCACAUAUUUCAUGUACCUUUCUUUUUCUCAGAUUGGACUAUUUUGCAAUGUAAAAGCUCCGUAAAUAGAGGAGUUCAAUGAAGUGCUAAUUCUUCUUUAUAAGAAAAUAGACUAAGUAGUCAGGCAUUUGGCAAUUCUUCAAGUGUGUAACUCAAGUUGCAAAUAAUUUACAAACUGGAGAACUGAAGCGAUUGUCUUAAUCUGACGCUCCUUCAAUUUUAAUCCUUGAAUGUAAACUGCAUAAAGGAAUGAACCGUGUUUCAGUGAACAGGAAGAUUUAAACUUUUCCUAUGAAACCAAUCUCUAAUCGUUGCUGUUUUAUGCAGCAGACACUUUGUUUGAUUGCAUAUGUAUAUGCACAUGGACAAAACGUAGCUGUGGUUUUUUUUAGUCGUCAUUUGGACUACACCAGCUGUAUGGAUAUAAAGUCCUAAAUGUCCUCAAAAAUAUCCUGAAUGUAUUAUUAAAUGGUAACGUUGUGUGCCACGUUAAUUAUUUGUUAAUGUUUACAUGUUAUGUAGAAGGUAGCAACUCUGCGUAAGGUACAAUUGCAGUUGCUGCUCAUAAUGGGGACAGGAGAUCGUUAGGACAUUUGCGUAACGAAUGGACGAGGUAUUGGUGCGACGGGUGGUGGUGUGGCAGCUCUGAGCUGCAGAAUCAUCAGAACAAAGAAGUAAAAAUCUCUUAAGUGCAUUGUUCUUCUCUAAGAAUAUCAGGAGUGCCUCUAAAAAAAGCAAGUUGCUGUUAAAUGGUGAUGCAAUUUUCUACUGACGAUAAGCGCAAUGUAAUGCGUAAUGGUUUUUAAUUUUUUUACACGUUAAUACCGUUAUAUUAAUAAACCUUUUCUAGUUGAA